AUGGAUGAAUCAACACCUCUUCUGCAACACCAGCCUCACCAUCUUUCCCAGAGACGGCUUUUGGUCAUCUUUCCAGCACUCGCUUUGAUACACUUUAUUUCCUUUCUCGACCAAACAGCUAUUUCAACGAGUCUGCCAGCCAUCGCAGCUUCGUUGAAUAUCGGCGCGUCCAUCUCGUGGGUGGGAGCGAGCUUCCUCGUCACCAGCACCAGCAUCCAGCUCAUCAAUGGCCGGCUGUCGGAUAUAUUUGGCCGCAAGGCCUCUCUGGUCACGGCGAUCUCGAUCAUGGGCUUCGCAAACUUGCUCUGCGGCUUUUCCACGACACCUGUAGAGUUGUUUGCCUCGCGCGCUCUCGCCGGGUUUGGCGCUGGAGCCAUUAAUGCCCUCGUUCAGAUUGCCAUCGCCGACAUCACGACGUUGGAGCAGCGCGGCUACUAUUUCGGCAUUAUGGGCAUAGCGGUAGCUCUUGGAAACGGCUUGGGUCCUGUUAUCGGCGGACUGCUCACCCAGGCGGUUGGAUGGCGAUGGGCGUUCUGGUUUGUCUGUCCCUUGUGCGUUAUCGCCAUCGUCUAUCUUGUUUCAGUGUGGCCUGUUUCCCGCCCUGUCUCCAGUGAGUAUCAAAUCUGGGACAAGCUGAAGCUGGUGGACUGGGCGGGAGCUCUGGCGAGUCUGUUUGGCAUCGCAUUGCUUUUGGUUCCGAUAUCGCAAGGCAGUUCCACCCAAUCCUGGAGCUCGCCGAUGACGAUAGCCAUGCUUAUUGUUGGCGGAGUACUGCUCGGUGUCUUCUUGGCGAUCGAAUUCCGAUUUGCGAAGCUGCCGCUGUUGCCGGCUCGAUUGUUCCGCUACGGCCGCUCCACCAAUAUCCUGAUCUUUGCCAACAUCCUUAUCGGCUGGAUCUUCUGGGGCAACAUGUUUGUUCUACCGCUGUAUCUGCAGAAUGUCCGCGGAUUGAGUCCUGCCCAGGCCGGAGCCCUGAUGCUGCCCAUGGUCAUCACUCACGGGCUGACAUCCGGCCUGACCGGCAUUCUCAUAUCCCUGACUGGGCGUUAUAAGCCCAUCAUCGUUGCUGGAGCUGUUUGCUGGGUCCUAGCCGCCAUUGGAAAGAUGCAUUACCACCAGACGACCCCGGUGUGGGAAAUCAUAGUGGUUGGUGUCUUUGACGGCGUGAGCGUAGGAUGCUCUCUGCAGCCCGUCCUUGUUGGUCUUUUCGCUGGGUCCGAUGCCCAAGACCGAGCUGUCCUGACCGGAUUACGAAAUUUCCUGCGAGACUUUGGAGGAGCAACUGGAACUACUAUCUCUGGCACUAUCCUAAGCAACAUGCUCUAUAGACAAUUGAAGUCGACAUUUAGCUCCGACUUCAUAGCGAAACUAGCAUCAUCAGCCUUCGCGUUAAAAGACCUGGAUCUAACCAAUGAAGAGCGAAGUAUGAUCUCUCGGGCGUACACGAAUGGCCUCCGUGCAGUCUUUGCUGGUUUUGCCGUGCUUAGUGCCAUUUAUCUUUGUGCAUGCCUAUGUAUUCGUGAUUAUGGCCUAGGCCGAGAAAGUAACAAACAACAGCAGAGAGCCAUUGUGGAAGCGAGCAGAGAGACGAACGGUGGUGAUGAAUAA